AUGUGCGACUACUCUCUUCCGGCUACUGCUGGCUUUCUAAACCAAUUGCUAUUAUUCUGUAAACCGUUGCUUCGUGUUUCCGGGACUGAUCGUAGCCUUCAACACUCGAAGCGAAGUGUUGAGAUAUGUAAUGAGUCGGUGUCCAUUGCUAGAGAAGUCGCAAGACAAGGCUGGAAUUUAAUUGCCCUGGAUUUCCCGGAACUUCUAGAAAAAAGCCGGUGCCCGAAUUCCAAAAUGGAAACAGAUCGUCCAGUUCUUCCUUUCCACGGAUCUGCAAGCUACAGCGUUUGGAAAAACGAGCAGUUUCUCAACCUCAAGCCCGGGCCAACAAUCAUGGAAGUAUAUCUUAUAGGAAAGUUCGAUUUACCUUCAGGAAUAAUUAAUCUAAACUGUGUUAUUCAGCCAAAGUGGUAUUGGCGGCAAGCCUUGUUGUCCACUCCUGUAACGCUUGUUACACAACAUGGAAUGUCCUAA